ACAAGACACCUGCUCAGGGCCUGAGGGUAUGCGAUAGCCAUGUACAGGCAUGUCAGCCUGCUGUCCUUGUGGACUGCCGGCGCACAGGAGUUUCCGGAUCUCUCGUCAUGGUCCUACGAGUACCAGCGGUACUGGCAAAACAUCGUGGGAUCCACCUGUAGCCCGAUAACUUGGCAAUCGCCCAUCGACAUUCCAAAGUCCUUGGAGUUUAUCACAAAGGCAAACCUCACGCAGGUGGACGACGGGCAGCGGCUGGGGCCCUUCGCCUGGAGUACAAACAAGCCCAAUUUGAACGUCACCCUGCACCCAGGCCCGGUGACCUGGGAAGUGCGCCUGGCGAAACCUUCAGAUGUGGUGACCGAGCUGGAAGGCCAGCUUUACCACCUCGAGAAGAUCACCUUCAAGUCGCCCUCCGAGCACACCGUGCAAGGAGCUCACAAUGCCAUGGAGGCAGAGCUCUACCACACGGGCAAAGCGCCUCUGCAGGGCGGCUUCAAGCACUUGAUCGCCUCUGUCAGCUUCCGGCAAGAUGAGAACGAGUGGAACAUGUUCCUGAACAGCAUCUUCUCUGCCAUGCCGCAAGAGAAGGCUGCUUCGGCCACGAUCACCAACCCCUACCUCGACCUGCUGCCUCCGGACAAGUCCUUUGUGAGGUACAAGGGGAGUUCCACGGUUCCACCCUGCGAACCGGCCACUUGGAUCGUCUUCUUGGAGCCUCAGCUCGUGGGGCCCAACCAGCUCCUGCAGUUCCGCUCCAGCAUCAGCGGAUACGAGCCCUCGAGAUUGGAACCGGCCAACGACACGAAUCCGCCAGGGGUGUCGGAGUUGUGGGACAGUCGCUGGGGGCUGAACAACCGCAUGGUGCAAGACGCCGGCGGCCGGGAGCUCACCUUGGUGCAGAUGGCCAACGCCGACCACAGCCUUCCGAGGCCCAACCACCUCACAGGCGGCCAGACCCCCUGGAUCAGCAUGCUCUUGCUCCUGCUGCUCGCGUUGAUCGCCUGCUUGCUGCUGAUCUGCUGGAUUAGACAAGGCACACGGAAGAAGCGCAAGGAUGCCUUUGGAAGGCAAGUUGCUGGCGGCUGGUGCGACGAUGACUCCGAAUCGGAGGAGGAGGGAUUUCUGGAGCAGCAGCAGCUGCAGCAACAGCAGCUGCAGCAGCAGAUGGCCUUUGCGCAAGCACAAGCGCCGCCGCCCCCGGCCCUCGCGCCGCUGCCUGACGCGCUCUUGGUCCAGGGCCAGCGCGGCUUUGGCCAGCGUGACCAGAUCUACAUGGGCUGAGCAUGGCUCAUUUCGGAGCCUGCCUGAGCUGCAGCGAACGGGUGCAAAGUGUCCAGGGAGGCAUGGUAGCUAUUUGAGAGUCGUC